AUGCGUCACAACAACGCGAUACCGGCCAAUCGGUUCCGGAAACACUGGCAGGAGCGCAUCCGCACGUGGUUCGAUCAGCCGGGGCGGAAGAAGCGACGAAGGCUGGCGCGGGCGCGCAAAGCGGAGAAACUAGGCAAGCGGCCGCUCGCUGGUCCGCUGCGUCCGGUGGUGCACUGCCCAACGCAACGGUACAACUGGCGCGUGCGUUGUGGUCGGGGGUUUACAUUAGAAGAGCUACGCGCGGCGGGUAUAUCACCCAAGUUAGCACCGACGAUAGGUAUAGCCGUUGAUCAUCGACGGCGCAACAGGAGUGAUGAGUCGCUUCAGUGUAAUGUGGCUCGAUUGAAGGAGUACAUGUCCCGGUUGGUCGUCUUCCCCCGGAAGAAGAACCGCCCACGCAAGGGUGAUGAGACGGAUCCAACAAUAUUAGCCCAGGCGACAACGCUCAAGGAUAAGGAAAUUAUCCCCAUUCAAAAGAAACAAGGCGUGUUGUUGGGUACUCGAGCUAUUACGGACGAGGAAAGACAAUUCCAAGCGUACCGAGAGCUCCGCAAGUUACGAACACUGCAACGCUACGAUGGUAUUCGGAAGAAGCGCGCAAUGGAAAAAGCUGCGCAAGAAGAGGAGAAGAAGAAGUAA